CUACUCCCAGCUCAUCUCUGUAUGGUAUGGCAACGCAUUUACCAGCAGAGAAUAGCAGAAAUUUUCAAAGUGGCAAUGGAUCAUUUCUAGAUUGGAGCAGCGACCUUGAGACAUUAUUUCUCCAAAAAUCGCAAAUACGUUUCACGUGAGCUUGACAUCCUUGAGAGAUAUGUGGAGAAGAUUCUGAAGUUUCACUGGAUCACCGGCUAAUGCAAAAAAAAACAUGCCUCAAGGCAGGAGAAAGACCCCAUUUAGUGGGAAAGCUAAAAAGCAGCAAAUGCAAGCUAAAAAACAACGUCAGAACCGAAUGCUCUUUGCACAUAGUCAUGGUAAAGAUGACAACGAAGAUGACGACGACCUUACAAGUAGGGGAGCUAUACAGAAAAUAAAUCAGCAGCCCCGAGAUGGGAACAGCAGUAAAACGGGGAAAUAUGCCCUUCAAUUCUAUAAUGAAAGUAAAGAAGAAAUUAAAAAGCGCAAGGAGGAUUCUAGAACUACGAUCCAGCCUGUUUCUUUGGAGGAACAAGAAAUUUCGGAUAAUUUUUUUCCACCUGAAAUAGAUUUACCAAAGAGACCUCCGUGGGACUACAAUAUGUCUAAAGUGCAGCUCGAUUUGAGGGAACAAAGAUACUUUACCGAAUACUUAAAAAACAUUGAAACUUUAAAGAACAUUAGUUAUUUUGAAUUGAAUUUGGAAACCUGGCGGCAGCUGUGGCGAGUAUUGGAGAUGUGCGAUGUUCUGUUGAUUAUUGUAGAUGUCAGAUAUCCAGUGUUGAUGUUUCCUCCAUAUUUAUAUCGUUAUGUAACAGAAGAUUUGAGAAAGGAAAUAAUUUUAGUAAUGAACAAAGUAGACCUAGCACCAGCAGCUUUGGUGGUUGCGUGGCAAAAUUAUUUCAAGUCCGAAUACCCAAAGCUGAGAAUUUUGGUGUUUACUUCAUUUCCCGAUUACAAUCUGAGAGGUAAUGUUUCCGAAGGAGAUGGAUUAAAAACCAGAAGAAGAAAAGGGAAGUUGAGAAUGGCAGCAGAAGGAGCCCAAAAACUAUUGGAAACAUGUAAAGAGAUCGUUGGAAACCAAGUCGAUCUGAGUUCUUGGCAUGAAAAAAUUCAAGAAGAGAUACAUUCCGAAUAUGAUAUGGAUGACAUAGAAAGAAAAGAUAACGUUAUAAUCGAAAAGGAAGACACUACCUUUUUCAAACAUGAGUUAUAUAAAAAUGGUGUUUUAACUAUUGGUUGUGUCGGCACUCCAAAUGUAGGCAAAUCCUCAUUGAUAAACGCAUUAAUGGGUAAAAAAGUCGUGAGCGUUUCCCGCACUCCUGGCCACACGAAGCAUUUCCAGACCAUUUUUCUCACUAAAUCUGUGUGCCUAUGCGAUUGCCCUGGUUUGGUAUUUCCUUCGACGGUACCAAAGCAACUACAAAUAUUGAUGGGAUCCUUUCCGAUUGCUCAAGUUCGUGAACCAUAUACGACCGUAAAGUUCUUAGCUGAGAGAUUGGAUUUACCAAAAUUGUUGAGGUUGCAACAUCCAGACAAUGACGAUACAUGGUCUGCCAUGGAUAUAUGCGAUGCAUGGGCGUGUAAAAGAAAUUAUAUGACUGCGAAGGCUGCAAGGUUGGAUACGUACAGAGCAGCAAAUUCUUUAUUGCGAAUGGCAUUGGAAGGAAAAAUUUGUUUAUUCGUAUUUCCACCUGGAUGGACUGCAAAUAAAGCAAAGUGGGAACAACAUCCCGAUGUUGAGAAAAUUAGAUGGAUUCAAGCACGGGCCCAUGCAGACCAUGAUGACAUCGGUGGAAAAGUAUCUUCGUCCUCUGAAGAUGAAUUCGAAGAAGAAGACGACGCUGCAACCCAUUCAAGUUCCACGAGAGUUGAAGAUAACGAAAGUUCAGGUGAUUCGACAGAUGAAGAGCCCGACAUGCCAACGACCAUUAAUAAAUUUGGGGCAUUGUCCACCGAGUGUUGAAGAAUAACUCAAUCCAUGGAAUGUGUACACAGGAAAUGUAUCAAAGCAAAUUCAUAAAGUGACAUUAUUUUAAUGAUAUUCGAUGAUUCGGACUGUUGUCAAAGUUUCCUUAAAGAUUUAAAUCCGAAAGCACAAGUAAUUAAUUACCUCAUUUAUUUCACUUUGCGAACAGAACGAUAUAUGUGACAACAUAUUUAAUAAGUAAAAACGUUAUAAUAUGUAAUUUACAACUUAUCAUAGAUGCACCACGUUUACGCCAUUAAUAAUGUCAACCGUGCGAUGACGAAUUAAAUAUUUACAUCCCCU